AUGAAGAGCAUGUCGUCGUACGACACGGGGCCGGAGUCCUCGGAGCUGAGCUCGUUCAGUCUGAAGGGGAAGUCCUCAUCCAAGGGGAAGGGCGACAAGCACAAAAACGAUAAAAAUGUGGAAAAGAAUAGUAGCGCAGAGUACAGUGACGAGAAGGAAACGAAAAAAAAAGACGAACAGAAGAAGAAAAAAAACGAGCAAAAGGAUAAAAAAGGCAUAAUCAGUAGUAGCCAAAGUAAGAAUGCAAAAAGUGGAAAACAGAGUAACAUUGAGAAGACCCCGAUGGACAUGUUCAAAAGCAAAAUAAAGUUCCUAACUGACAACAUAAUAAUUAUAGGUAUCAUUUUAUCCUUUAUGACUCUGAUAACGUUUAAAUAUUUGGAGGAGAAAUAUUCCUUGGAGAAAUACUUGGAGGAGGGAGACUCCUUUGAUUAUUACGAGGUGUUAAAAUGCAAAAGAGGAGACAGCAUAAAUAAGAUAAAAAAGAAUUAUCGUGAUUUAUCGAAAAUGUACCAUCCGGAUAGCAAUAAGGAUUGUAAAGAUUGUGACAAGAAGUUUAGAGACAUUACAAAGGCGUAUAAAACGUUGUCCGAUCCGAGGCUGAAAAAGGCAUAUGAUCAUUCGAAAGGAAAAGUGCUAAAACUGAUUGAGUCCAACAGUGUCAAUUUGACGAUGAGAAAUUAUAAGGACUUGGUGGAAAACUCCAACGACUACUGGAUUAUUCAGAUUUACUCAGACACAGAUAAUUUAAGUUUAAAUUUCUCCAAAAUUUGGGAAGAAGCUUUUGACAAAUAUCAUGAGUACAUCUCCUUUGGACGUAUAAACAUACUGACAGACAAAAAAUUAGUUAAGUCUAAAGUACCAUUCAAUGUGAAGAUUUUUCCCACCAUUUUUAUCCUAGCUCCAGAUGGGACCUACCACUUAUACUCAAACAUAUUUAACGCCACGUCGAAGGAUUUCCAAUCUUAUAUUAAUAACUAUUAUCCGAACUUAAUAUAUAACGUACAACAUUUUAAUAAGGCGUAUUCUUCCCUGAUGAAGAAGAGUGACCCUGUUAGUAAGAGUGGAUCUUCCCACAUUGACAAAAAUAAUAAAGUGCUUCUCCUCUCCAAUAAAAGUAAGUUAAGUCUCCAGGUCAAACACAUCACCUUCAAGUAUAGAAACAUUUACACCACGUAUGCCAUACGUUACGACGAAAUUGAGCAUCUAACAAAUGAGCCACUCAAAAAAGAAAUCAUCGACGCUUUAAAAGUGCUCAGUGUUAAAAAAAGUGACUACAUUAAGGAGAACGAAAAUAUCGACUACUUCAUUUUGGUGAAUAAUAAAGAGCAAGUGAAAAUUAUCAGAAGAAUCUCCUCCACGAAUAUUAAAAAUGUAUAUAAAGAUGCCCUGAUGAAAAACUUGGUAGAAAUUAACGCUACCAAUGUGGAUUCCGUUUGUUCCACCGUCGGGUCGAGACACACCUACUGUUACGUCACCAUCAUCGACAGUCUCAACAACGAAGAUACACUAACCUCUUUGAAAAAAAUUUAUCAACAUGUGAAUAACUCCUACGCCAGUUUUACCUCCAAGUUGGGCGCAGACGAAUCUGACAGUAGCAUGUUCAUUCAGCCGGUGUACCUACUAAAAUCCAACAUGACAAAAAAUUUCCUCAAAUUUGCGAAGGAAAAAUCUGUCAACACGUAUGACUCCUUCUUUAUGGACUACUCUGCGAACACCUUCGCCACAAUCAACGAAAUAAAGAAUUUAAGUAACUACUCCCAGAAGAAGGAAGACCUUUCUUUCCUCUCCAACAUUUACAAAGACAUUGAAAUAUUGACUUUUGAGAAAAUACCCAAAUAUUGCCUACCCAUGGAAGUUAACUGUCUCUAUAACCCGAAGAAAACCUUCUCCUAUCGGUUGUAUAACAUUUUUAAGAGAACUUCCCCAAUGCAAGUCAUCCUUUCCGCCGUGGUGGGGUUCUUCCUCUACCCUUCCUUUAAGAACUACGGCAAGUUGAGGUACGCCUGUCUGGCCGCCUCCAUGGGCGCCACGCUCCUCGUCACCAACAUCAAGGAUUUUCUGCUCCUCCUUGCUAAUUAG